GAGCAAGCCCUGAUUCUCAAGCGAAAAAAAGAACGUCGACGGCGGAGACUCUCUUUACUCGACCGAAGCACAUCGACAACCAACCCCAUCGACCUUGUUGCCGCCGGGACUUUCACAAUGAAGUUCAUGAAAGUGGGCCGUGUGGCCAUCAUCACCCGUGGCCGUUACGCCGGUAAGAAGGUCGUCAUUGUCCAGCCUAACGACACUGGCUCCAAGGCGCACCCCUUCGCCUAUGCCGUCGUUGCCGGUAUCGAGCGUUACCCCCUGAAGGUCACCCGCCGCAUGGGUAAGAAGACCGUCGAGAAGCGCAGCCGCAUCAAGCCUUUCAUCAAGGUUGUCAACUACAACCACUUGAUGCCCACCCGUUACACCCUCGAGCUCGAGGGUCUCAAGGGCUCCGUCACCAACGACACCUUCAAGGAGGUUUCCCAGCGUGAGGACGCCAAGAAGACCGUCAAGAAGGCCCUUGAGGACCGCUACACCAGCGGCAAGAACCGUUGGUUCUUCACUCCUCUUCGUUUCUAAACGGGGUUUUUUUGGGCGUUAUGUCGUUUGAGCGCGCAAGGUCUUAGAUGAGGCAAGAAAAAAAGGGCAUCGAGCACAUUCGGUUCAUGACACAAGAGGACGGAUACCAUAGCUGGCGGACGCAUGGGGAAUGUAUCGAUGUACAAGUCCAGGACUUGGCCAUUUUUCUUUUUUGAUAAUGAAGGAGGCCACAGAGAUCUGGCGUCCUCGCAAUGAAAUGGAAAUAUGAACAAAUUCAAAAUCUUCCUUUGUCUGAGAUGACUACGAUGUGACUACAGAUUCCCGGGACUAUACCCCGUGACUUGGCCUUAUCGCAGCGCUAAGUCUCAAGUCCUCUAUCAAUGUGAUUUUGGUUCCUGCUCCGGAUCCUUUCCCCCACCCC